ACGCUUGUCCUGUUUUACGUCUUGUUGUGGCGGUUUACGGUGCGUUCAAUAUGGGGCUCGAAGCUUGGUACAUGGACAACUCUGACGAAGACCAGAGGAAGCCGCACAAACUUCAACCCAAUCAGCCCGUUUCGUUGGAGACCUUAAAAAACAUCGGAGUUCUUCAUUGGAAGCUGAAUGCAGACAUCUAUGAGGAUGACCCACAGUUGCAGCUGAUCAGGGAAGAGCAAGGCUACUCUUCCAUGGACAUCGUCACCGUGGAGAAGAAUACACUGCCGAAUUAUGAGGAGAUGUUAAAGACGUUCUAUACGGAACACCUACAUUUGGACGAUGAGGUUCGCUACAUCCUUGAUGGCCAGGCAUAUUUCGACGUCCGGGACAAGGAGGACCGCUGGAUAAGAAUCGCUGUGGGCAAAGGUGACAUGAUUACGCUGCCAGCUGGCAUAUACCACCGCUUCACAUUGGACGAGACCAACUACACAAAGGCCAUGAGGCUGUUUGGGGGGAAGCCGAUUUGGACAUGCCACAACCGACCAGCGGAUGACCUUGAGAGUCGAAAGAAGUAUGUGGCUUCUCUGCAGAGCAGCUGUAACGGAGCAGAGCGCCACAUGAUCAACCACUAGUUGCUUAGUUGCUCCAGUUUGGAAUAUUUAUCAAGGUUCCAUAAUUGCACAAUUGCAAAAAGCUUCAAAUUCUCUCUGGUGAUUACCGUAUUUUCUGGCUGCUGCUUUUUUCCCCAAGCUUUGAACCCUUCGGUUUAUACAAAGGUGCGGCUUAUCCAUGGAUUGUUUAAAUCUAAAUUAUGGAAUGGAUUAAGCAAAUAAAUGAAACUAUUUACUACAAUAAUCCACUUUACAAAACUGUUCAAACUCAAAGUAUAUACAAAGUACAAGGAAGAAGAAUCCUGAUACACAUUUUAAAAUCUUAUUAAAAAAGGAGAACAUUUUAUUAAUCUCAAAUAGGAUGAAUAAAGACAUCAAUAGCUUUUCUGUUAUGGUUGAUCAGCUGCUUUACAGGCAUGGUUUGGAAACAAUUCAGGUAUGUAAAAAAAAAAAAAUAUAUAUAUAUAUACACUCACACACACACUUUAUAUAUGGAUAUAUACUCGGUUGGUAGAGCGGCCGUGCCAGCAACUUGAAGGUUACAGUUCGAUCCCAGCUUCCGCCAUCCUAGUCACUGCUGUUGUGUCCUUGGGCAAGACACUUUACCCACAUGCUCCCAGUGCCACCCACACUGGUUUAAAUGUAACUUAGAUAUUGGGUUUCACCAUGUAAAGUGCUGAGUCACUAGAGAAAAGCGCUAUAUAAAUAUAAUUCACUUCACUUCAUUAUAUGUGGCCUAAAGUCCGGUGUGGCUAAUAUAAAAUAAAAUAAAUUCUUCUAAAAUGUAGUAGGUGCGGGUUAUAUACAGAUGCGGUUUAUAGUUGGAAAAAUAAGGUAAACACAAUGCAGUAACCACACAUGAAUAAUUUUAAAUCUUAGACAAAGUGUUGACCUACUUAGCAGUCAAUACAUUUUGAUGAUUUGUGGGAAAUGCAAAAAAAUAACUUGUGCUGUGGUCAAAUAAAUAUCUCAAAUAUUUUAAAAUUGCUAUUAUAAAAGAACCAUGUGGAUAAACUGAUGUUGUUGUUGUGCUGGUACUCUUCACCCGUGAGCGUAGGGAAUAAUGACACCGUUUUUACGUUUCAACUUCUUUCUGUGUAACUUUUUCAUCAGCAGGUAAGUACGCCUCACAUACACACUGUUAAACACGCUGACUCAAUUACCCUGGAAACAUAAACAUAGCUGCCCGGUAAACUGCCUGACUAAAACAGACCCAACUUAAAGGUGCAUGGCUAAAUUAACUUGUUUAUGUCAACAAUAAUAUUAUCAAUUAUAUUCAACAAUUAACAUAUUACAUAGGGAUCUUUAUCUUCUAUAUUCAUCACUGACAAAGGGAAUUUAUAACAGCUACAGUAACUAGAUAUUUUCCAGCACUACACAGCAUACAGCUUCAUAGUAAAGAAAUGAAUGCAACCAACACCCAGUGUUUCCACUGAUAUUUCAUUGUAACAAUGUAUUCGUCUAAUAAUUAUAUGGACUGCUUCAUCAUUGCUUUCGAGAAUUUUUUUUUACAUAAAACAUGUUUUUAAUUAAAAUGUUUCUUUUAUUAAGGUUAAGACAUAAUCUGUUACAAUCAACACAAUAUGGAAACACUUGACAUUUAUGAUCUCAGACAAAGCUCAACUAAAUUUGAUAUUAACUUAUGUUUUGGACAAGUUGCAAUGCAAUAGCAGUGAAUAUUGUCUGACUUAAACCCCAGCAAGAAAAAGGGGGAUCAGACCGUAAAUCCCAUAUUACAGGUGUCUGCUUACAUGGAGAAGCUUUGUAUGGACUUGUGCAUGCUUAUUAGUCUUGGAGAAUGGCUCUUAGCAUAAUGCCCGUGUCAAGUCCUCUCUUUAAAAUCACCACUGCAGGCGUAGUGCAAUGUAUCUGUGAUGUUUGACAGACAGUACUUCCACUGUAAAUGAUUACCUAGCAGAGGUAAUUAUCUUGGUAUCAAGAGUAUGCUGGAAAAAUAGCUGCCCCAAUGUAUGCAUCCUAACACGUAAAGUAUCAUCAUUGCAAUAUUGUGACUUCCUGCCUGACUGAGAGAACUGUUAAUCUUGCUAGCAGCCUAUAACAUGACAGUUAAAACAGCCACACAUUUAACAAUCAAAUAUGCUAACGCUAUUAUAAAGCAAAAUGAUCAAACAAAAAGUGAAAGAUUGUACAGUUCCGUAAUGAACCAUUUUCCUGACUACCUUGUUGAUUUAAUAAAAAAAAAAUUGUGUAUUUCUUAA